AUGGCGAAUUAUACUAUUCGAGAGCGAUUCAAUUUCAAAACUGAGAGAUCAAAUGCUAUAAGCUAUACAGUCGUAUGUAUGUCGCCUGAAUGUGAAUGGAAAUUACGAGCAUCAAGUGUUGGAAAAUCUGAACUGUUCAUAGUUAGGUAUUUGCAUGAUGAACAUACAUGCCCUUUGAAGGACAAGGUAUAUUCACAGAGGCAAGCAACAAGUUGGUCUAUUGGGGAAUUGGAUGUUAAGCCGAAAAUAACGAACCACAAGAGGAAAGUUAGCCCUGGGGAUAUAAUGGACGACGUAAAAAAUGAAUUCGGCGUAAAUGUUUCUUACAUGCUGGCCUGGAGAGCUAGGGAAAAAGUUAUGAAUGAUUUGAGGGGGGAUCCUGCUGCUUCAUACAAUAAAUUGCUGGCAUAUGUCUAUAUCCUAGAUAAAACAUAUCCUGGAUCAUAUGUUAAAAUGCAUAAAUCAUGUGAAAAUGAGUUCCUGUAUUUCUUUGUUGCACUCAAAGCAUUCAUAAAGGGAUUCGAGUGUUGUAGACUAAUAGUGGUAGUGGAUGGUGCACACCUUAAAAACACGUAUAAUGGUACAUUUGUAUCCGCAAGUACUUUGGAUGGUGCAGGUAAUAUUCUACCACUGGCAUAUGGUUUGAUAGAUUCGCAAAAUGAUAAGUCCUGGACUUGGUUCUUUGAGAAGUUCAAGCUAGCUUAUGAUAUUAGGGAUAACAUGUGUGUCGUGUCCGACAGACACGAAAGAAUAAUCAAAGCGGUGUAUCGGGUGUAUCCUACUGUUCCUCAUUUGGCCUGCAUAUGGCAUUUGUGGAAAAAUGAUGAGUUCGAUAAACUGAUGGAAAAGAUUGAGAAUGUUGAUAUAUGGGUAAAGGAAUAUUUGGAUGAUGCUGGAAGGGAGAAAUGGUCUCGGCUAUAUUCACCUGUUAACAGAGGUUGGACAAUGACUUCGAAUAUAACGGAAUGUAUUAAUGGAAAACUAGUAGCGGCAAGAGAGUUGCCUGUUUUUGAUUUCCUUGAAGAAGUUAGGAGGAUGUUUGGGAGAUGGAAUUGCACAAAUAGGAAAAAUGGGUAUACUUCUCUGUGUUUUUAUGUUGAAGCAUCAACUGAAUAUGUUUAUACGGUUAAUGAUGGACCGCGACGUUUCAUAAUUGAUUUGAAGAGGAAAACUUGUAGUUGUCGGAUGUUCCAAAUGGACGAAAUACCAUGUUCACAUGCCUGGGCUAUCUUAAAGAGUAAAAAUCUAACGGCUGAUACAUAUUGCUCAGAAUUAUUCAAGCCAAAUACAGUGGUGAAUACGUAUGAUGUGCCGAUUGAUCCACUUCCCGACAAGAGUGAGUGA